UAUUAGUUUCCAAAACACCUCCGUAUUGAGUGCCCACAACACUGCGGUUGCUAUCCCACAAAAGGCCCCCAUAUAACACACAAAAUGAUUCCCACGGGAGUUGAUCUUGAAAUUGUGAAUGUCGAUGUGAAGGAUAUCCGUUUCCCAACGUCCUUGGGAGCUCAUGGAUCGGACGCAAUGCACACUGAUCCCGACUAUUCGUGCGUCUACGUAACUCUUGAAACUCUCCGUGGUGUCUCUGGGUACGGUCUUACCUUCACUCUGGGCCGCGGGACAGACGUUGUAAAGUUGAGCGUUCUCACACUUAAGCACCUCAUUCAGGGACGCAAUGCCGGUGAGAUUUUUGCCAACUUCUCCCACAUUUGGCGUUCCCUCACCAGUGAAUCCCAACUACGGUGGAUAGGCCCCGAAAAGGGUGUUACACACCUCGCUGUGGCGGCUGUUGUGAAUGCUCUUUGGGAUCUAUGGGCAAAACUCGAGGGUGUCCCCCUGUGGCGCUUACUAAGCACCAUGGAACCCGAGCUUUUGGUAUCUACGAUUGAUUUCCGCUAUAUAUCGGAUGUCAUAACACCAGCAGAAGCCAUUGAAAUGCUAAAAAAGGCCCAAGAAGGAAAAGAAGAAAGAAUUGAGGAACUUCUUAAAACCGGAUAUCCCGCCUAUACCACUCAAGUGGGUUGGAUGGGAUAUUCCGAUGAUAGAAUCCGCGAAUUGUGUAAGAAGUACCUCGAAUUGGGCUUUACUGCAUUCAAAAUUAAAGUCGGAAGAGAUAUAACGAGUGACAUUAAUCGUUGUCAGCUGGUUCGAAAGGAAAUUGGCUAUGAAAACACUCUCAUGAUUGAUGCUAAUCAAAUCUGGGACGUUGAGGAAGCCAUUGAAUGGGUUAAGCGUCUUUCGCAGUAUAAACCACUCUUCAUUGAGGAACCAACAUCUCCAGAUGACGUUCUGGGUCAUGCUACCAUUUCCAGAGCUCUCAGACCUUUGGGCGUUGGAGUAGCCACCGGAGAGAUGUGCUGCAAUCGCGUUAUGUUCAAGCAAUUCCUCCAAGCGGGAGCAAUGCAAUUUUGUCAGAUUGAUUCCGCCAGAAUUGGAGGAGUUAAUGAGAUUUUGAGUAUCUAUCUCAUGGCCAAGAAAUUCAAUGUGCCAGUUAUUCCGCAUGCUGGUGGUGUGGGACUGUGUGAAAUGGUGCAACAUCUGCAAAUGUGGGAAUACACUUCACUCACAAAAUCAAUGAAAAUGAUUGAAUUUGUCGAUCAGCAGCAUGAUCAGUUUAUUCAUCCAGCUACAGUUGUUAAUGGCAAGUACAUGGCUCCCGUGGCAGCUGGCUACAGCACUCAACUCACUGACGAAGCUGUUGAAAAUUAUGAGUAUCCAUGCGGAAAAGAAUGGCAAAGGAUGUUUGCUGAAGGAAUUUUCGAAGAAAUAAAAUACUAAUUAAGAAAAAGUCAAGAAUUUUGUCUUGUAGAUGGUUUAAUAUCCAGAAAACAGUAAAAAUUAAAGUAACAAAUUGAAAAAAAAUGUAAAACAAAAAAGAAAUUAAAUUACAGAGAAAGAAACAAAAAUGAUAAAACGGUUAAGGCUUAAAUCUUAAAAAAUAAAAGAUUUUUUCUUAGAAAUGUUCUAAAUAAUAAAUUACUCGUGUAAUAAAUGUAAUAAAAUACUUUACCCAACUA